CCUCUAUCCCCUAUGCUGUCUAUUUAUUUAUAGGAUAAAUUCGCUUUGAUAAUCCAAAGAUAACCCUAAUUUUCAAUAAAACUUUCGUGGAAAACGAAAAUCAAUUAAGCGUUUCUCAUGUUUUCGAAGAAAUCAAUCGAAUCUUUCAAAGUGUAACGUUCAAAAGUUGAAUUUCGUGUCAAGGUUUUGCCAAUUCGAGCGAGUUUAAUGGCAUAUAGAAUGUAAUCCAAAUGGAGCUUUUUCACGUACUCGACAUGAGUAUGAGGAAAGGUGUAUCAAAUGGCUGCUUGCGGAAAGUUGAACGAUAUCAGAACGGAAUUAAAAUCAGUUCCCGUUGAUAAUGAAUGUUUAAACGCAGUUCGUGCUUUGCACCAAACAGUGGUUUGUUUAAGGACAGCUUUAGAAAGAUCGCAAAGUGAACUGCAUCUGUUGAAGAAAAAAGUACCCAGUCGGAGUUCUAGUCGUAAAUAUGAUAUCGCUAUCGAGCAAUUAUCAUUAGAGAACCACGUUCUAAGACGUAAGAUCUUAGCUGCUAAAAACAAGAACACAUUAUUCGAUCGUGGUGCCAAAAUUAAAUGCUUCUCGAUGGAUAAUAUUUCUCAAGAUACGCAAACCGAAGACAGAGAAAACGAGACGAACGAACCGUUACCACCUGAAGCCAAUGGUAACGUACGAGAUGAUUCCAAAGAUGAGGAAAAAAGCGACGAGGAUAAUCAGUUCAUGUUCUUCAAAACUAAAACCGACUCAGAGGAGUCCGAAGAAGUCGACGAUAUCGAACUGAUAUUCACCACCGAAGAUACCAAAGUUAUAAGUUUACACGAAGAACUCGAGCCUAUUUCCGACGAUGGCGAACCGUACGAAUCCAAGUCGGAAAUUAAUCAUCACGGUAUCGCGACGCAAUCGGUUUUAGUCGAGACUGAUAUUUCCAAAUGCGGUAUAGUUUACAAAGACGAAGACACAUUGCUGAGUCCAAUCAGUCAAGCCGGAUUGAGUAAUUCAUUUCGUAAUGCGCUCAAGAAGCAGGACCAUCCCGUCAAAAGAAAACCCACCAGCAGGUUAGCUCAGGCUCCGGUCAAACCUGUGGUAAGCUUAGUGCGACCUGUACUGAACGAGAAUAACGCAUCUAUGCGCGACUCCGAAGCCCAGACUGAUAUUUCGGCCGUACCGCCUAGUUGGAAAUCUGAAAGUUUCCUAGUGAAUAACAAAGCGUCUCAAAACUUCCCCACAUUACCGUCUAAAUUCGCAAUACCUAUAAAAGAACAUCAUCAAAAACCUCCGUUGAAAUUGACCGAAAAAACGCAAGAAGCUAGACGAAUAUUACUAUCCGAUAUAAAUUUCACUAGCAUGGUACCGGAGCUAUCGAGAAGUGUGGAUCAUUUAUGCCAUAACGGUGUUCGUUUACCUAGCACCGGUUUACAGACUCCUUUCGCCAUGAAGUACUUGAAAAGUCCAGCUUUAGCUAGCACUGGUUCGUCGUAUUCUAGAUUCGAGUUCCAAGUGGCUAACUCUAGUAAUUCUAAUUGGAAUUGUUACGAAAAUUCGUACGCAUCGGAUCAAGACCGAUCGGCGCAAGAUUUACAUGCCAAACGAAGACAAUCUUGGAGACCAUCGAUGUACUCUCUGGAUGCGUAUUACGUUAAUCGUACCUCAUCCGUUCCUCCUUCGCCUACGUUGAGACGACAUUCGGCUGCAUUAUCGUAUUCUCCUUCGGCGAACGCAGAGACUCAGUUUUAUUACCCACUACCAGAUAAAUUUAGCGUCAAGACUUUUUCCAAUUCGACUUUGAAAAAUGCCAGCGUUACGUCCAUUAAUCGUAAACCAAAGGCUAAAGUUUCCUUCAAAGAAUCACUCCUUUCAAAAAAUACAGGAUCUCGCCAGUCAUUACCGAACAUGUACGUUGAUACUGAAAGCGGCGAAGAAUCGACAGAUUCACUCAUAGACGAAUCGGAAGAAUGUGUUAGGAAAUCGAUAGAUUCUACGUUGACCGCUAUAGAUUGGCCAUAUGUUGGUUAUCGUUACGUUGGACGUACUCAUUCGGUGCCGAAUUUAUUCUUAGAAUUUUCGCCACCGCUCUCAGCCAGGCCAUUUAUCGCUAGAUCUGUCCACGACUUGAAAAUUAAUUACUUCGUUAAAGUAAUCAAUAAAGAAGGUAGAGUAGUCGGAGGAAGAAUCCAAUUCGUCGGAAACAUUCCGGGUAUAUCAGAACCGUACAUCGGUGUACUGCUACCUCCAAGUUUGGGUGAAACAGACGGAACAUUCCAAGAAUUACGAUAUUUUUCAUGUGAAAAAAAUUGCGGUCUGUUUGUCCCAUUUCGUAAAGUUGUGAUGGCAUGGAAGGUGUAAUAUUGUUUCGAUGAUUUUCUACGAUACGCACCCUACCUAAUUAAUAAAUUCACUUACCAUAUUGUAUUUUUUAAGUACCUCUACCUAUUAUACUUAAUCGCUUUUUUAUCGAAAAAUGUUUUUUCCAAAUGCUCUUACCGCUGAUAUGACUUGAUUUUUUUUCGUCGUUUUUCUUCACUUUUUUUUUCUUUAUUUGUUGAGUUUACAGCGCUUUUUACAUUUUGUUUUCUGUGUUUUUUAUUUCUAUUUUUUCGCGUUUCGUUUGUUACUGUUUGUAUCGUGAGUAUUUCACCUAAACUGUAUUAUUUUUCUAGUCACGUUUUAAACUAUAAUAUUGGUUGAAAGGAACGAUCAGUUUACUAGAGACUGGAACUACAUACGAAUGGAUUCACAGCUAUUUUGCGGUUUCCGCUUUGUUACCUCUUUUUAACGUAGUAUAAAAUGGAAAGAAUCAGUCAAAUUGAAUAAUAAUCAAACAACGAAUAUUAUAAUUAAGAAAUUUUAGCAAUAAUUCUUCCAUUUUAUCUAUUGAAAAAAAAUACCUUCGGUAAUUUUCCAGGCAAGACUUUUGCAUUUUAUUAAAGACUAUAAUAUGUAAUUCUCAACGUAUGCCAUAUGUUACUCUGUCUCUCUUGUUAGUCUUACUUUUAAUGUUAAAUAAACGAUAUUUUUGUUUGUGUA